ACCAGGUUGCUUUACGGGAAAAGGCGGCCCUAAUUUAGUCUGGAACUGCCUUACUUUAGACUUUUUCGUGGUUAUCAAUCUGUACAAAGAAUCACCAAACUGAUACAGCGAGAACCAAUCUGGCAAAUCAGGCUGCCGAUACAACUGUGUAAUUCGCUCGAAAAAGAAACGGAGAGCCUCUCAAGCAUACAGGAGGAUAAUGCAUAUAAAAAUAUGGAUGAAUCACAGGAAACCCACAUAUCCAACCACCUAGAUGAAAUUGUUGCUGCUGUCAGCAUAACGCCUAGAAAGAAGAUCCAGAGCAAGCUGCCUCAGACAGCGCUCUUCCAGCCUCCUCGAGAGAAACUCCACCUCUGUGAAGAGAAAGCCAAGUCCUAUUCCAGCAGUCAGGAGUAUAAACAGGCUAUCCGUGAGCUUGUGCGCUGCGUGGCACUGACAAGAAUUUGCUAUGGCAACUCCCAUUGGAAGCUAGCUGAGGCCCAUGUUAAUCUGGCUCAAGGCUACCUCCAGCUGAAAGGGCUGUCACUCCAAGCAAAACAACAUGCGGAAAAAGCCAAAGAAAUCCUCACCAACUCCGUUAUGCCUCCCUAUCAGGACAAUGCAGACAUUUUCAAGUGUUCAGUGGAAUUAUUCCAUACCAUGGGGAGAGCCUUGCUCUCUCUUCAAAAAUUUAAAGAAGCUUCAGAGAAUUUGACCAAAGCAGAGAGACUUUCAAAGGAGCUGCUGCAGUGUGAAAGGAUUAUAAAGGAAGAAUGGAUAGAAAUUCAGGCGCGGAUCAAAUUGUCAAUUGCACAAGUAUAUCAAGGUCAGAAGAAAUCAAAAGAAGCUCUGCCCCACUACCAAGAGGCUUUAGAAUAUAUUGAGAUCAGCAAAGGUGAAAAAAGUCUUGAGUGUGUACCAAUACUGAGGGAAUUAGCAGGUGUAGAACAAGCCCUGGGAUUCCACGACGCAUCCGUCAACCAUUUUUUACAGGCGCAUCUCAUCGUCCUGAGCAGAAACCCCUCUCAGGAGGAGGCAGCGGUCUCCGCCCACUUUGUCGCCCGCGCUGCUGUCGCCUCUGGGAUGCCCGAGCACCAUGAUGUGGCUGAGCAGUAUUUUCAAGAGAGCAUGGCUAAACUUAAGGAUGCCGAAGGGAUGGGUAAAGCCAAAUUUCUUUCAAUUCAAGAUGAAUAUUGCCAUUUUCUGCAAGUCAUUGGACAAGAAGAGAGAGCAAGCUCGAUCCAGAGAGAGUCCCUGGAAGCUAAAGUGGGGGUGUUUGGCGAUCUCAGUCCCGAGGUGGCAGAGACAUACCAGCUCCUGGGCAGGGCCGACCUGGCGCAGGGGAACCACAGCGGGGCCCACAGGAAACUGAAGAAGUGUCUUCGGAUUCAGACUCUCUUAUAUGGACCACAGGACAAGAGGACUCUGGCCACCCAGCACACCAUGGACAUCCUGUGCAAGGCUCCCGACAUGGCCGUGAAGCCUAGACCUGCCGCCAGAGCCAAAUCGGCAUUCUGCACGAGCGUGCCCCCACACGCACUGCUGGGGAAGGCCAGGCCCAACGCAGCAGACUGAGACCCCCACCCCACCCCACCCCGAAAGAAGGCUUUGGUCAUGCCUGGGUGCUGACAUUUAGGGUGCUGUAUAAAUCUCUAUCUACAAGAUGGAAGUCAAGAGUCAUUGUACAGAUUUUCAAGACCGACUGUUUGCUCCAACAUGCGACAGUGACACCAUACACCUCCCGUGGACCACAUUUUAACAGUGGAUGCCCUUCAGGGUGAUCUGGUACUUCUACAAAGCAUUUAUCUUUACUACGUAAGUGGUUUUGCUUGCCAACAAAACUUUUUACCUAGCACCCUUUUCCUAUGUCUGAAAGGCUUCUCUUCCAAAGUUCAAAACUCCCUGUGUGGGGAAGCGGACUCGACAUCUGAUAGUACUUAGAGAGCCCCUCGCUUGGUCUGGAGUCAGAUUUGGAGCAAUAAAAUUCUGGAAAAAGCCCUUUCUUAUAGGAAGCUAAUAGAGAUAGAGAAUAAAGCGCUAAUAAAAGGAAAUUCGCAAGUGCUGGGGUCGGUAUGUGUCUUUACAAUGAAGGCUGCUCCAAGCCUGGACA